ACAUUGAGUAAUAUAUAUAUAUAUAUAUAUAUCACUAUUUUACCUUAAAUAGUUGAAAUGAAAAAAUAGGAUGAUAAUCGAUUUUACUUUUACCAAUAUUACCCUCCGCCGCUUAGAAAUAUCAACGGAGAAGUCCACGGAAUCCUCGCAUUGUUUAGGAAUUUUGUUGCUUCAUCAUCAGCGUCCUCGUUCUGGCAACCAUAAUAAAAAAUAAAAAGAAAAACCGGCACUUGUCGGUCACAAAUAACUUAAUACGCUGUCGGUUGCUCUCUCAGCCGGUAACCCAACUCGACACGUGUCAUCUCCCUUCUCCUAAUAAAAUUUCAGCCCUUCGUUUUACACCUCCAUCUUCACACACAACUCAGCCCUCUUCUUCUUCCUCACUUUAAUCCCAAAUUCUCCCCUGGCGGUGACGGCUGACGGUGACAGUCACACUCGCCAUUCUGAUGCUUCCUCUUUCCGGUAACUCCUCGCCGGCGGACCACCACCCGAAGAAAUUCAAGUCCUCUGAGUUAUUCGAUAAGAAGAAUUCAUUCAAUUCCUUGUUACAGCAGUUUCACCAUCAACAAUCUCGGCUAUGGCUUUUACUCGUAAUCCUCUGUCUCCAGAUCCUCCUCCUCUUCACCAUCCGCUUCCUCCCUCUCCCUCUCCCGCCGGCGCUUUCCUCCUCCACCAACCGAUUCCACCGCUUCCCCUCCGUCGCCGUCUCCCCCGCCGUUAACGACGGCGAAAAUUGCAAACACGGCCGGAUCUUCGUCUACAACUUGCCGACGGUAUUUAACCAGGAAAUUCUCGAAAACUGCGACAAUCUGAAUCCAUGGAGCUCGAGCUGCAGCGCGAUGGCGAACGGCGGAUUCGGCCAGAGAGCCGAUUCCUUAACCGGAAUCAUACCGGAGAGUCUCCUUCCGUCGUGGUACUGGACGGACCAAUUCGUAACGGAGAUCAUUUUCCAUAAUCGGAUUAUGAAGCAUAAAUGCCGUGUCUCAGAGCCGGAAUCCGCUACGGCGUUUUACAUACCGUUUUACGCUGGACUCGCAGUGGGGAAAUUCCUCUGGACGAAUUCAACCGGAGAGGAACGGGAUCAGCAUUGCCGUAUGAUUCUAAAAUGGCUUUCGAAUCAAGAAUAUUACAAAAGAUCCAACGGCUGGGAUCAUUUCAUAACAAUGGGGCGCAUCACAUGGGAUUUCCGCCGUAGCAAGGAUAAAGAUUGGGGAUCGGGGUGUAUUUAUUUACCCGGAAUGAGAAAUAUAACUCGUCUUUUGAUAGAGCGUAAUCCAUGGGAUUAUUUUGACGUCGGUGUACCUUACCCCACAGGAUUCCAUCCCAAAACCCACGACGACAUAACGGCCUGGCAGGAAUUCGUACGCACGCGCCGUCGUACCCACCUCUUCUGUUUCGCCGGAGCCACCCGCGCCGCCUUCCGCAACGACUUCCGAGCGGUGCUUCUCGACCAGUGCCGGAACUCCGCAGCGGAGAAAUGCCGCGUUGUCGAUUGCGCUGGCAGCCGCUGCUCUAACGGAACAUCGACGAUUCUCGAGACAUUUCUCACCUCAGAUUUCUGCCUCCAGCCGCGAGGAGACAGCUUCACACGGCGAUCGAUCUUCGACUGCAUGGUAGCCGGGGCGAUUCCGGUGUUUUUCUGGCGACGGACGGCGUAUUACCAGUACGAGUGGUUCUUACCAGGCGAACGGGAAAGUUACUCGGUUUUUAUAGACCGGAACGCGGUGAAGAACGGGACAGUCUCCAUUGAAGCGGCUCUGGAGAGGUUUAGCAGAGAGGAAGUGAGGGAGAUGAGAGAGAGAGUGAUCGAGUCAAUUCCAAAGUUUAUUUACGGCACCGGCGGAGUUAGAGACGCGUUCGACGUCGCCAUUGAAGGGGUUUUGAGGAGGUUUAAAGAGCAAGAAGAGUGGGAAUACAAAUGGAAAUAAGGUAAAGUACUGGGGCGAAAAUGCUAAUAAAGAAGAGAAAAGGGCGGAAAAAGGAAAACUGCAAAAGGUUGUUAAUGUUAUUAGUAUAUAUAUUUAGGGAUAAUAUACGAUUCUUUUGGUCUGAAUGUUGUAAACUAUGGGGGGGGUUUUAGGGGAAUAAAUUUUCUAGAGUAAUUUUAUUUGAGGGCUUCCAAGUUGAUAAAGUUGGGGGCAGGGGUAAAAUUGCAAAAAGGAGAAAAUGGAUAAUGGGAAUUUUGGGAGUCCUUUGGGAAAAUGUGUAGUUGGGGCCACAGGUUUGGGGUGCUGGGAUGACAGAAAAUUGGGUUUUUUUUUUUUUUUUUUUUUUUUUUUU